CUUCCAAAAGUAAUAAUGUGGAAAAACAACAACAGAGCUUCUACUUCUUUAAUCAUUGUAUUUUUUAUCCUAACCUUUUCACUUAUAAGAUCAAGCUCAGCUUUAUAUUUCUAUCUUGAAGGAAAUGAUCCGAAAUGUUUUAAUGAAGAAUUGCCAAAAGACACACUUGUUGUAGGCACUUAUAAGGCAGAAGAAUGGUCUGAUGCACAGCAACAAUAUAUUGAAAAUACACAGCUUGGAAUUCAAAUAAUUGAAUUACCUCAUAAUCAUCGUAUUGUAAAUCAAAGAGGUGCAAAUAGAGGCCGAUUCACCUUUACCACAGCAGAAUCAGGUGAUCAUGCCAUAUGUUUACAAACCAAUUCAAGUAAUUGGUUCUCUUCUUUACAAACGAAAUUACAUUUAGAUAUGGUAUUUGGUGACUCAAUUAGCGAUGAAAGUGAUCAAGAACAUUUUAGUGAUCUUGCACAAAGAGUCCAUGAUUUAAAUAAUCGUGUUGCAGAUAUUAGAAGAGAACAAAGUUAUCAACGUGAGCGUGAAGCAGAAUUUAGAGAUCAAUCUGAACUUACAAAUUCACGUGUAUUAUAUUGGACAAUGAUUCAAUUAAUUAUUCUUGGAAUGGCAUGUUUAUGGCAAAUGACACAUUUGAAGAAUUUCUUUGAAGCAAAGAAACUUGUUUAA